AUGGUUCUAACGAACAGUAGCACCAUCACCCAAGGCGAAGAAGAGAGGCCAGUGACGGAGCCGGUGACCGGCGGCGACACAGAAACGGCAGAGCUGCUGCCGAGCGGGCAGGCAGAGCUGCUCAACGAGACGACGACGGCUGAGCAGGACGUCACGUUCCCGACACAGGCGACGGAGUCGAGUGAGGAGAAGGCGCGGAACAGCAGGAACAAGGAGCACAAGAACAAAGGCAACUUGGUGGUCGUCGUCGGCGAGUCGUCGACGGAGGAGGCCUCGAACGUUUGGAAGCUGUGCAACACGAGCGCCGGCGCGGACUACAUCCCGUGCCUGGACAACGAGGCGGCCAUCAAGGGGCUCAAGAGCAACAAGCACUACGAGCACCGCGAGCGGCACUGCCCGUCCCCAGCGCCGUCAUGCCUGGUGCCGCUGCCGGAGGGCUACCGGCAGCCGAUCCCGUGGCCGGAAAGCCGCGAGAGGAUCUGGUACCACAACGUGCCGCACACCAAGCUGGCGCUGUACAAGGGGCACCAAAACUGGGUGAAGGUCUCCGACGACGGCGAGCACCUGGUGUUCCCGGGCGGCGGCACGCAGUUCCUGAAUGGCGCGUCGCACUACAUCGACGUGAUCCAGGAGGCGCUCCCGGCGGUGGCGUGGGGGACGCGCAGCCGCGUGGCCCUUGACGUAGGCUGCGGCGUGGCAAGCUUUGGCGGGUACCUGUUCGACAAGGACGUGCUGAGCAUGUCGUUCGCGCCCAAGGACGAGCACGAGGCGCAGGUGCAGUUCGCGCUGGAGCGCGGGAUCCCGGCCAUCUCGGCCGUGAUGGGCACGAAGCGGCUCCCCUUCCCCGGCGGCGCGUACGACGUGGUGCACUGCGCGCGGUGCCGCGUGCCGUGGCACAUCGAGGGAGGCAAGCUGCUGCUGGAGGCGAACCGGCUGCUCCGGGCCGGAGGGCUGUUCGUGUGGUCAGCGACGCCGGUGUACCGGAAGGACGCGGAGAACGUGGGGAUCUGGCAGGCCAUGGUUGCACUGACCAAGUCCAUGUGCUGGGAGAUGGUGACGAGGACGAGCGACACGGUGGACCAGACCGCCAUGGUCAUCUUCAAGAAGCCGUCCAGCAACGAGUGCUACAGCAAGAGGAGCGGGGCGGAGCCGCCGCUGUGCGAGGAGUCGGAUGACCCCAACGCCGCAUGGAACGUAACGCUGCAGGCGUGCAUGCACAGAGUGGCCACCGAGCCAGCGGCGCGGGGCUCGCGGUGGCCGGAGCAGUGGCCGGAGAGGCUGACGGCGGCGCCCUACUGGCUGAACGAGAGCCAGGUGGGCGUGUACGGCAAGCCCGCGGCGGAUGACCUGGCGGCAGACACGGAGCACUGGAGGGAGGCGGUCAACAGCUCGUACCUGAGCGGCAUGGGCAUCGAGUGGAAGAACGUGAGGAACGUCAUCGACAUGCGAUCCGUCUACGGCGGGUUGGCGGCGGCGCUGCGCGACAUGAAGGUGUGGGUGAUGAACAUCGUGCCGGUGGAGUCGCCGGACACGCUGCCCAUCAUCUACGAGCGCGGGCUGCUGGGGAUGUACCACGACUGGUGCGAGUCCCUGAGCACGUACCCGAGGUCGUACGAUCUCGUCCACGCCGACCAUCUCUUCUCCAAGCUCAAGUACAGGUGCAAGGUGAGGCUGGUGAUGGCGGAGGUGGACCGGAUCCUCAGGCCAGAGGGGAAGAUGAUCCUCCGUGACGACAGGGAGACGGCCGAGGAGGUGGAGAGGAUCGCCAAAUCUCUGCAUUGGGAGGUCCGGAUGGCCGUGUCAAACGAGGGGGAGAGGCUGCUCUGCUUCCACAAGACCAUGUGGCGACCAACCCAAGUCCAACCACUCGGCUAG